AUGCCGCCACGACUACCGCUCCGCAAGCCCCUCGAGGCUCUCUUCAAGCGCAACAAUGCCACCAAUCUCACAUGCCGCCGCACCCUCAUCGCACCGCCGAAACCAAACUCGGGUCCUUUGAUGGAGCGCCGCGCCGACCGCGCCCUUCCUGACAUGACUCCCUCGAAAUCAUGGAUGAUCACCGCACCCCUCUUCCUCGCCGCCAUGGCUGUCUCCACCCUCGCCAUCUUCAACUACCAAAAGCAAAACUCCUCGGUCGUAACCAGCACAAUGUACUCAUUGCGAACAAAUGCCUUGGCAAGAGAGAUCCUUGGAGAUGAAGUGUACUUUGCAAGCAAGAUUCCUUAUAUCGGUGGAGAGAUCAACCAGUUGCAUGGAAAGAUUGAUGUCGUUUACUGGGUCAAGGGAACGAGACAGCAGGCGAAGAUGAGGUUCAAGAGUCAUAGACCUACAAGGAUGGGUAUUUUCGAGACAACAGAGUGGAGUCUGGAAUUGGAGGAUGGCACCUUGAUCGAUUUGCUCAACGCUACCAACACCGAUCCUUUUGUCGCUACACCCAUGGAGGCAAAGGCCAUCGCUGCUGAGGCCUAA